CACCUUGAAAAAGUCAUGAUAUUCACCUUGAAAAAGUCAUUGCAAAGGGUUGUUAAGAUUUUUUGCAUCCAGAAGAUGGGGGAGUACAAAGUUGAUGAUUCCACUCGAAAAAAUUGGCGAUUGGUCUGGCGAAAAAAAUCAAGAUUGUCAAUGGAUGCUCUGUGGUAAGGAGCCUGAUGAUAAGAUGUGGAUUAUUUCAAAGUUCUACCCAAAGCAUGCUUGUGAUGUGGGUGAAUGUGCGCAUGAUCAUUUUAAUCUAGAUAUCGAUAUGAUUGUUAAUGUGCUAGUUGACGACAUUGCACAAAGCCCAAGGUUCAAAAUUAAAGACUGCAUUACAGCCGUUUUGAAAGUGUAUCGCAAAAUCAUAAGUAGGCGAAAGACAUAUCUUGGGCGUAGGCGUACACAUGAGAUUGUCUAUGGUAAUUGGGAUAACUCUUUCAAGACGUUGCCGAGAUACGUGACUGCUCUACAACACUUCAAUGCUGGUACUGUUAUUGAAUGGAAGCUCAAGUCGAAACAUGGUGUGACCGGUAAUAUUUUUCAGUUUGUGUUUUGUCAUUCAAACCAUGCAUUGAUGGUUUUGCUCAUUGUCGGUCAGUAAUCUCAAUAGAUGGCACACAUGUGUACGGGGUAUACGACAACAAGCUACUAAUUGCAGUUGGAAUGGAUG